AUGGAUGCCACCAGGGUCCUCUGGCUUCUGCUGACAUCAGUUGCUAUAGGACAUGAAUGCUUCAUGUUGAAGAAUUGUUCAUCGAGUGCCAAAUGUAUAUGCUUUAAAAUAAAUGGAUACCUGCACGCCGACUGCUCCCAUAUAGGACUUUCUGUAGCGCCUGAAUUUCAUCCAAAUAUUGAGAGUGUAGACUUCAAAUGGAAUAAUUUUCUGGAAUUUCCAAGCAAUCUUACUGGAGGAAUAAGAUUUUUAAAUUUAGCGCAUAAUUUCAUUGAACAAUUAUCAAAAGAGUCCCUUUACAAGUUAAGAAACUUGGAAAAUCUUACAAUAUCUAACAAUGAGCUUAAAGCAAUCGAAAAAGGAACAUUUAAGAUUGUGAGUGAACUGCACCAUUUAGAUCUCUCAUACAAUCUUGAACUGUCUUUAUCAACGUUGACAAAUGUAUCAUUUGAUCUACAGUUUACAAAAAUAAAGGUCCUUAACUUGGAGAAAGUGCAGUGUACAUAUGGUAUCAGCACAGCUGUCUACAUCGAACAAGUACUACAUCUUUUCAAUACAUCUUUGGAGCAACUUAACAUAGCUUCUAACAGAAUAAAUCAUUUUGAAUUUGGAGUGUUCUCAUAUCUUCCAAAGACCCUUCGUAUAUUUAAUAUUGCUGACAAUAAUUUGAGUUUUGGUGCAUAUCUGUUGAAUUUUGGACAGCUUUCUAACGUUGUGAUGGUAAAUGCGAGUUAUCAGUCUAGUUUUCACGCAAUUGAUCCUGCUGAUUUUAAUUUCCGUUGCAAAGAGAGGCAUGAAAACGAUAAUCUGGAAUCUUCUAUUGGCCUCCAUCAUUACUUACGUUCAAAUGGUUCCCGCUCGAAGUUACAUACGAAAAACGCUUAUCUUGAAUUUGAAUAUCAUGUCUUCCAACACAAUGCUUUAAAUUUUGCCUCAGGUCGAUCAUUCAAUGGAGAAAAAGUUGGAAGAAAACCAAAUACCACACUUUAUCUUCCACCAAAUCUCCAGACAGUCUACUUUCAUGAUAAUAUGUACAAAUACGCUUUUUGGACAUUAUUUCUGAAUGUAUCUGACACACUCACACAUGUGCAUUUUCAGAAUAGCAUAAUUUACAGAUUUGAGGGACCUGUAUACGGAGUGAGAAGUGUCCAAUACCUAGACCUAUCAAACAAUUUUUGCAGGAGAGUCUCUGAUGACUUUUUUAUUGAUUUUCUAGAUAUUCGAGUUCUUAAUUUGUCAAAUAAUUUACUUGGGGAAUCAUUAAAACAAGACGAAGGAGGAAGAAUUUUAAGACACCAGAAAACUUUACAGAUCCUUGACUUAGCAAAUAAUAAAAUUGUUGUACUUCCCCAGAAUAUAUUUCGAGGCUUGUCCGAUGCCACCCAUUUAAACCUUAGUUCAAAUUCACUUGCAAUCUUCAGGGUGAAUUUAUCUCACUUGUCAAAGCUGAAAUGGAUAGACUUAUCUUCUAAUCAGCUAAUCAGUCUCAAUAAAGAAAUACGGACAACUUUGCAUAUAUUUUCAGAAGCACGAAAACUUGCUUUGAAUUUACGAAACAAUCCAUUGCAAUGUUCCUGUUCGAAUAUAAAAUUUCUGACUUGGAUUGGUAAAUCGAGGAAAAUAGAAUUCUUGAAUAUGAAUAACUAUACUUGUUUGUUUCAGAAUUCAAGCCAAAAAACAUUCAAUAAGUUUAGAAGAUUGCUGAAAGAAAUGGAGAAAGAAUGUGCUUCCUUUACAUUGGUUAUAGCUAUCACAUCAGCCUUGCUUUUAGUUGUAGUUACAGUCAUCAUGAGUAAAAUUGUUCAUAGAUACAGAUGGAGGAUACGCUAUUUAUACUAUGUCGCAAGGCGUGACAAAGGAAACCCAGAAAACAAAAAGAAGAAUAUAAGUUAUCACUUCGAUGCGUUUGUUUCCUAUGCCGAAGAGGACAGAGAAUUUGUAAUUACUCUUGUGAAGUUCCUGGAAGAAAAUUUCAAUCUUCGAUUGUGUAUUCACCAGAGAGAUUUUAUACCAGGAACAAGUAUUAUUGAUAAUAUCACAAACGCUAUUCAUAACAGUAGGAGAACAGUCUGCUUCCUGACGUCACAUUUUCUUAGAUCCUAUUGGUGUGAGGUAGAAAUGAAUAUGGCACGAAUAGAAUCCGUUUAUUCUAGAGAAAGAUCAAACGUUCUUUUGUUCAUUAUUCCACAAAAGAGUGUCUUCAAGGAAUUACCUUUGAAGUGGAUAGACCUUAUCGAGAACAAGUCAUACAUGGAAAUUUGCAUUGAGGACCAAAGAGAAUUAUCAGCUUUUAGAGUUAAAUUAGCGGAAACUCUUAAAGAAGAGGAAUUUUAACAUUUCUUUAUAAUCCAGCAUGUUCCUUGAAAUGGAAUAUGAUGAUUACGAACAAU